CCUUGCCGGAAAAGGGAGCCCCGCAGCGGCCUCACUCCGGAAGGGGCUUAGCGCCAUGAAUCAAGCAAGCGAUGCAGCACCCCGCCUGUCUUGGGAUUCCCGAGGCUCCUUUUUCUCAAGAUUGAACUCUUGCACUAUCUCCUCAUCCCACGACACCCAUCACACACACAUUCUUGGUUGGUGGCAGCAUCACUUUUCCAACUACUUCCAGGUACUUGGUAAAAGGCUGAACUACUAGGUAACCCCAAAUCAAAUCCAUCACACAUAAGCACCUCGUCAGGUUUCCUCUUCCCGUCUUCCGUUUCCUGUGUUGAAAGUCUUUUUGUCAGCCUUGUAGUUGAUUGCCUGGAAGUUCUGAAUUUAUCAUCGUUCGUUUUCUUUCCUUUCAACAAAAGUUAUUGCUUGGUUGCCCGUCUUUUACCACUUACUUCUCCCCUUGACCUCGACCUCGACCUCGACCACGACUUCAACCUCGACCUUUCCCCUGAUCACCCCCCUGUCCAGUCAUCCCCGUCAGGACCCCAGCCCGUCGACGGGAGCAGAGGGCCCCCGGUUCUUUCCCCCGCACAACGCUAGCGCCAGAGAGGUCUUCUGUGAAACUGGAGAAAUACUUCCCUGCAGCUCUCCGUCUCCCUGUUUGCACGUCCUGAAGAACCCAGCUGGCCCUCUUAUUUUUUGCAUGUGCCUCUUUCUUUUGGCUCCCCACUCGAACCACCACCAUCACCACGAGCAUUCUACUAUCACGGCCGCCAUCGGUGUCAUCCGCCCACAUUUCUAGCUCAACACUGCUACAGUGGUAUUGCUAUACUGCCUACGACGUGACGAUUGCCCCUUUGCCACGCCUAUACGCGAGCGACGUGUCUCGUUUACGUUCCAAGCUCCCAACAGCUAGCUAUCCAUCAUCAUCACCUCCACAGCUCAACGCCACUUCACAACGGUUGAUGGCAGCUUGCAUCGAGACAGCAGUGCACAAUACACAAGCUUCGAGGUCUUGACGCACACAGUCCUUUUUGCCUGGCAGCUGGCGGAUAUGCUCCUGGCCCGGCGCCCGCACACGAUGGGACCGACGCACCCCCCCGGCGGUCUUCUAUUCGGCUACGACAUUAACAAUCCGAACGGAGAUCCCACACUAGACAAUCCAGACCUAUUCGCCAAUCCCGGUGGCCUCGAAAUCUCGGGCCAGAGUCUUCUCGGUGAAGAUGGCACCGAUUAUCUGCAAUCAUUCUUUGGAGUAUUCCAGAGCGACAAUCCUGGAACAUCAUGGGGUGAGGGUUUAGGUCUGCACUCGGAGCAAUGGUCAGACGAACUGCUUGUCGGUCAUGAGUUGAACUUUGGAGUGAACACCGACAACAUGCUUUAUCAGGAGCCCAUGCAACAGUACAACUCGGCCCUUCCAAUCCGUCCUCAUUAUGCAUCUCACGGCAGCAACAACUUUGCUCCCACCCCGAUGGGCCAGCCAUCGGCCGAUGUCCUGAGUGCCGCAACAGCUCUGCUCCCGGCAUCUGAGCAGCAGUCCCCCCGUACCAACUUGCAGUUCAUGCCCUCUCACGGGAUGCCAAUGUCCUUGCACCAAGAUGCCAACAGCUUCAACAUUUUCGCUUCAAAUGCUGGGCCAUCCCAUUCUCAACAAGCGAGACCAUCACGAACGGUGGAGGUCCUGUUUGGAUCCGAUCCAGGUUUCAGCAACGCCCAACAUUUCGUUCCGAGGCACGAGAGAGAAUCAACAGAACACAUCGCCGCGAAGCAGCUGGCAACUUUGAGCUGCCUGCAACGAAACCACAGCAAUGCUCCCACACGAGCACCCAGUCCUGAGCCGUGGGCAGCAUCUCACCCUCCACAAACCACAACGAACGGGGUAAUAUCACCCCUAAAACUGAAGACGUCCGACCUUUCACCAAAUCCACCACAAAGCGACGGCUCAUCGAGCGCCCUGAAAAAGCGCAGAAGAAGCGACAAGUCGACGGAUUCGGACGACGAAGACGAGGAGCAAGAACGCUCUGUUAUCCAAGAGACUCCGGUAUCUGUUCCGUCACCACUUAGGUCCGCCUUGUCGCCGCCAACCGCCAAGAGGCGAAAGCCAUCUAUCGCCGCCUCUGCCGUAGAAGACGGCGCCACUCCUUCAGCCAACGGGAAACGGAAAAAGUCAACAGCAGCCAAGCCGCCUCGAGAGAACCUGUCAGAGGCACAGAAGCGGGAGAAUCACAUCAAGAGCGAACAGAAGCGCCGCAACAUUAUCAAGGAUGGCUUUGCAAAGCUCAACCAAAUCGUGCCGACAGUCAUCAACCAGAAUCUCAGCAAGGCUGGCGUCCUCAUCGCGACACACGUGUGGAUUGACCAGUUGGUGAAGGAGAACAAGGAGCUGGAAAAGCUGCUGGCUAGCGCUGGAGAAAAGGCCUAGGACGACUUUUGAAUAUACGAAACCUAUCAUGGAAACUGGACAACAUUCAGCUUGUAUUGAAAAGAUGAGAUUACACAAGUUCCAGAAGUCUGGCGUCAAUGCAUCGUGCUUUUCGCACACCGCGGUCGACUUGCUGUUCCCUCCCGGCUACCCACACCAACCACAAACCAACACUAUCCUCCCGACACCAACCUGAGUCAGGUUGGCAAAGAAGGAAUCAGUCAACAUUUACUGCUAUUAUAUUGCAAACUUUUAUUCUGGACAUAUCGAGAGAUUCGGGUCACAUAUAAACUCAGCUUAUUCAUGCGGGGCGCGAGGCGGGAGCUGAUUUAAGGGGGGAAACCAUAUUUAGAGGAAGGGAGGGAUAGAGAUGAUGAAGAAUUACGAUGUCGAUGAACAAUUUAGGAGAGCGGAAGAGGAAGAGAGAAAGGCGAGGAAAUGCCAGCCCUAAAAGAGAAGGGAGCUACAGCACUUUUGAUACCCUUUUUCUUGUAUCUUUGAGCAUAUUGAGAUUGUGGAAAGGGGGUUUGAUACCGAUGGAAGGAUGAGAUUCUAAGGUGGUGAUGGGGGGAAGAAAAAUAUCAAGUUAAAUAUAAUACUGCGGCCCUACGAUGGGGUGGUUGGAAAUGACUAUGUUUUGACUUUGAUAUGCUGGUGAUGAUGUCAAAUAUUUGCUGAG